AUGUCAUCCUCAAACUCAUCUGGUGGAGGAGGACCACCGUCAUCACGAUAUAAUAACGACUUUCUAGAUUAUGGCAAACAACGAAGGAAAAAUUUUUAUUCGUCAAACUUAACCUCAUCAACGUCACCUACAACAAUAUCAUCCAACCCAAAUUCAAAUACACAUCUAUCAUCUAAUAGCGUGCCAGGACUAUCGCGACGAGAUUUCAAAAAUAAUGGGCCUGGUUCAACAUCUAUACCACAUCUGAAAGACUCAAAUUCAAUACCAAUAACAUCACGAAAUGGCUCUUAUUCAUCAUCUUCACAUUAUAGUAAUUAUGGAAACUAUCAUGAUUAUUACCCAGGAAACGGACGUAAUGACACAUGGAGAAAAUCCAGUGGUGGAGUUGGAGACACCCGUUUAACUGCAUCACAUUCCUCUAAUGCACCAGGGUCAGGAUCAUCAACAUCGUCGUCUUCAUCAUCAGCAGCAUUAUCAUCAUCUUAUCAACAAUACAGACCAAAUGGAGAUUAUAGAAUAAAAGAUCGUUAUGACUCAUACACUGGUCAUGAAGGACCUAUCAAUACUAGUAAAUGGAAAAUGAGUCGAAGUUCAGUGGGUUCACGAUAUUCAGCAAAAGAUAGAAUGCGUGGCAAACAAUCGUCGUUUACUUCUGGAAGUAACAGUAUACCUUUAGGGUCGUCCUCAUUGGUGAACAGUACUAAUUAUCGAAGUGUUAGUGGAGGUGAUUCGUAUUAUGGAAGUGGUAGAAGUAAUGGAUACAGUUCGUCAAUGAACUCAUUGUAUUCAAACCCAAAAGCUGUGGACAGAUAUUCAUCUUUACUGAAGAAUGGUGGUUAUUCAAAGCCAAGAGACUAUAAAUAUAGAUACGUGAAUAAAGAUUACAACCGAAGCACUUUGAUUACUCCUGUGGAUAAGGACUUGAAGAAAGAAUACGAAGAUAGGGAUUCACCUGCACCAAGAGAUGAAGACGAUGAGGAGGCUGAAGGAGAUGAAGAGGAAGAGGAAGAGGAAGAAGAGGAUGAUGAUAGUAAACUAGAUCAUGAUGAUAUUAUACAAACUGCUGAAACAAAGAAGGAAACAACUGAGAACAAAUUGGAGUCAGAUAAGUCCGAUGAAACCAAGGCUGUAUUGGAAAAUGGAUUGGAGUCAAAAGACAUGAAGACAGAAACUGAACAUGAACAUGAACCUGAACCUGAGACGAAGGCAGAGAUAAAGCCCGAAUCAAAACCAAUAGAUCAGAGAAUUGAGCCAGUUGAAAAUCCUACUUUAGAGGUGACAGUUGGAUAUAAACCCACACCAGAAAUGAUUAAGAAAGCAACAUUAGAAGCUGCAACACACCUUUGCAAGUAUCCGUUAACAAAGAUAGAAUCAGAAUUUGAAGAGUUGAAGAAAAAGUUCUCACAAGAAACUAAACAUAAUGAAAGUGGUGCCAACUAUUUGAAGUAUUCCCUUGCUCGACCGAUUGCUGAUUUUCAUGAUUUUCCCUUUUUUUCAAACAAUUAUAGAAGUUUUGUUGAAUCAAAAGACACUCUAAUUGAAUAUUUUCAAAAGAAGCACAAUGCAAUCAAUACAAAGAGAAAUCGUUUGUGGAAUGAAUACAAAAAGGGAUUGCAAUUAUGGGAGACUGAACAAUUAAAAAUGGACCAACAACUACGUGUUUUGCAUCCACCGAACGAUGAAAUGAGACGAGAGAUAGAUUCGAGUGAUAACCGGAAACAAUAUCAACAGCAACAACAACAGCAACAGCAACAACAACAACAGCAACAGCAACAGCAACAAUUUAAUGAUUCAAAUUCGGGAGGCAAUAUUCAUUUUUCUUCUCGUCGUAAUAGAAGACAUGGUGAUUUGGUAACUACUGAAGCAGAAUUUCAGGAGAUUUUAUUAUCAUUGGGUCAAGAGGAUGAUGAGAACCCAUUAGUUAAAGCAGAAAGAGUUGCUGCUAAGAUUCCUGAUAUGAUCUUGGAUCCUGUUAAACGUGAUAAAAUAUUGUUUAUGGAUUCAAACAAUAUUGUAAGAGACAAAAAUGAAUGGGCACAACGAGUAAAACAUGACUUUAUGAAUAAUUUUUCCGAAAGAGAACAUGAAUUGUUUUGCGAAGGGUUUUGCUUGCAUCCUAAACGUUUUGGUGCUAUUGCCAGGCACAUGGGUGGUUUGAGAAGUGCUUCUGAAUGUGUGGUUCAUUAUUAUAUGACGAAGAAAAAAGUUAAUUACAAGGAAUUAUUGAUCAAGUCGAGGAAGAAAUCAAAACCACGGAGAAAACAGAAAGCCGCCAAGAAAGAAGUUGUCGUUCCAGUAAACACCAAUGUCGAACCUGGCGAGACUGAAAUAGAAUUGCCUCCAUCUAGUAUUAUUCCGGUAGAACAGUUAGUUACAGAAGAGUUAUACACGGAAACAGGUCGUAGAAAGCGUGCAGCGGCUCCUGUUUUUGAUGGUAAAGAAAAGGAAAAAGAGAAAGAGAAAAAGAAACAAAGAAAGGAUGGGGCAAGUGUGGUUGUUGUUAAUGAACCAGCAUCCGUUCAUACUGUUAUUGCCGAUACUACUAUCACUACACCAACCACGGCAACUGUUAUGACUACACCUAAUCCUACAUAUGUGAAUACUAUUAAUAAUGUUAAUGAUUCGAAUCCAGUUGCUAUGAAUAUUCCUAUUGCUGGUAGUGCUAUAAAUACUACUGAAGUUCCAGUACAACCUACAAUUAUUGAAGAAAACAAAGAUAACAAACGUAAGGUGAUUUCAAGCUAUUGGAGUAUCACUGAAGCUAAUGCAUUCCCAAAAUUAUUAGAAGAAUUUGGGAUGAAUUGGGGAUUGAUCUCUGACAAGUUGGCAACAAAAUCAACCACCAUGGUUCGUAAUUAUUUUCAACGUAAUGCAGAAAAAAAUGGUUGGGAUGCUAUAGUUGCCAAUCAGAAAAGUUCGAAAAUGUCAAUCAUGAGUUUGUUGAAUUAG